CCUUCCGCCUCCUUCCACGCCGCCGGCGCCAGGGUUCCUUCCGCGGCGGCGGCCGGGACAGCCAGGAAUUGAUGUUCAAUGGCUAGAAAGAGAGCUGACAAGGGGCUGAAAUGAAUAUGACUACUAUCCUACAAGAGAUUUUGAUUAAAAGAUCACAGCAGAAGAAGAGGACUUCCCCCUUAAACUACAAAGAGAGGCUUUUUGUACUUACGAAGUCUAUGCUAACAUAUUAUGAAGGUCGAGCAGAGAAAAAGUACAGAAAAGGAUCUGUGGAUAUUUCAAGGAUUAAAUGUGUAGAAGUUGUAAAAAGUGAUGGUAUUAUUCCCUGUCAAAAUAAAUAUCCAUUUCAGGUUGUAUAUGACGCUAAUACGCUUUAUAUUUUUGCACCGAGCGCACAAAGCCGAGAUCAGUGGGUGAAGAACCUGAAAGAAGAAAUAAAGAACAACAGCAAUAUAAUGGUAAAAUAUCAUCCUAAAUUCUGGACAGAGGGAAUUUAUCAGUGCUGCAGACAGACAGAAAAAUUAGCUCCUGGCUGUGAAAAAUACAAUCUUUUUGAAAACAAUGUAAUGAGAUUGUCCUCUCCAAUGCCAGAAAAAAGUGUGCGAAGACCUCCACCACCUGUUCCUCCAGUUGAAGAAAAUGGCAAUGAAGAGGAGGAGAUAGUGGUAGCAAUGUAUGACUUUGAACCUACAGAACAUCAUGAUUUAAGAUUAGAGAAAGGUGAAGAAUAUACAGUGAUUGAGAAGAACGACAUUCAUUGGUGGAGGGCGAGAGACAAAUAUGGAAAACAAGGAUAUAUUCCAAGCAACUAUGUAACAGAAAAGAAGUCCAACAACCUUGAUCAAUAUGAGUGGUACAGCCGAAACCUGAACAGAAGCAAGGCAGAACAGCUCCUCAGAAAUGAGGAUAAAGAAGGUGGUUUUGUGGUGAGAGACUCCAGUCAGCCUGGCCUGUAUACAGUUUCCCUUUAUACAAAAUUUGGAGGGGAAGGCUCAUCAGGAGUAAGACACUAUCAUAUAAAAGAAACAGUAACAUCACCAAAGCAGUACUACCUGGCAGAAAAACAUCUCUUUAACUCCAUUCCAGACAUAAUUGAGUAUCAUCAACAUAAUGCAGCAGGUCUUGUUACCAGGCUGCGUUACCCAGUGACCCCAAAGAAGACGACAGCACCAACAACGGCAGGAUUCAGCUAUGAAAAAUGGGAAAUUAAUCCCUCGGAACUGACUUUCAUGAGAGAACUGGGGAGUGGUCUGUUCGGAGUCGUGCGCCUUGGGAAAUGGAGGGCACAGUAUAAAGUGGCCAUCAAGGCAAUACGGGAAGGGGCAAUGUACGAAGAGGAUUUCAUUGAAGAAGCUAAAGUAAUGAUGAAGUUAACACAUCCUAAAUUAGUUCAGCUGUAUGGUGUGUGCACACAACAGAGACCCAUUUACAUCGUGACUGAGUUCAUGGAGCAUGGCUGCCUUCUCAAUUACCUGAGACAAAAACGGGGAGUUUUGAGUAAAGACAUCCUGCUCACUAUGUGCCAAGAUGUAUGUGAGGGAAUGGAGUACUUGGAGAGAAACAGCUUUAUCCACAGAGACCUGGCUGCCAGGAACUGCUUAGUGAGUGACUCAGGAGUGGUCAAAGUGUCAGAUUUUGGAAUGACAAGGUAUGUCCUUGAUGACCAAUACACAAGCUCUUCAGGGGCUAAAUUUCCUGUGAAAUGGUGCCCCCCAGAAGUUUUUAAUUACAGCCGAUUCAGCAGCAAGUCAGAUGUCUGGUCGUUUGGUGUUUUAAUGUGGGAAGUAUUUACAGAAGGAAAAAUGCCCUUUGAAAAAAGCUCCAACUAUGAAGUGGUAACAAUGGUUAGCCAAGGACAUCGUUUGUAUCGGCCCAAACUAGCCUGUAAGCCGGUGUAUGAAAUGAUGAUGAUGUGCUGGCAGGAGAAACCAGAGGGACGCCCGACUUUUGAAGAGUUACUUCGUGCGAUCAUUGAGAUUGCAGAGGGGGAAGAUGCUUUCUGAAGAAAGACAACAACAGCAUAAGGACAGAAAAAAAGCCACUUUCCAGAGAUGGGGCUACAUAAUUUCUUUUAAAGAGCUUGAUCCUGUAAGCUGCUGGGUGUCACUAAACAAUGUGGGGAACCUGUAACAUCUAAUCCACUCAGGCACAAAGGAGAGUUUUACAUGAUGUUGGGAAAUGAACACAGUGUCUUCAGCAAUAUUAACAGUCUCUAUAUUUUCUCUAAAAAGUCAGCAUCGCUUAGCUGGCAAGUUGAACUCUUCAUGGAGGGAGACAAUGUGACCAAAGGUCAGGAGCCUCACUUGCAUUUAGUGGGUUGGUUUCAUGUACAUACAGUCCACGUUUCUGAGUUUCUCUUUAGACAGACAGUAGUAUUAGUAGUGAUUUGCAUGCUUAAAAAUGGAAGGUAUCCAUAAAUUACUAUUUACUGACAUUGAAAAAUUUUCAGAGAUUCUCCAGAAACAUUAUUUUUCUCAGUUGAUGGGUGUUUUAUAGCACAUCACAAGAAGAUAAAACAUGUCUCUUUCAUUUGCACAUAGUAGGUUGUUGCCAGCACAGUCUUCAGUUUAGUGUAACACUCUAAAAGCCUUGCUUCAGAACUGAGCCGUGAUAUUCCAAAGUCAUUCUAAGCUGUUUGGUGAACCAGAGACCUCCCAUGGUUAGUCUUGAUGUUACUAAUGAAAACUAAGUCCAAGACUCAGCACAACUGGCUGUCAGUGUACCAUAGUACCAAGUUUUGAAUUAAUUAUAAAAUAAUUUAUAUGCUGUAUGUAAUGUAAAUAUAUAAAUUCAAUGCAUUUAUUUAUAUAAAGUGGGGGUGUUUGUCUUGAAAUUUGACCUACCCUCACUUGAAUACACAACUCUAUAUGUGGGAUUGUAAAUGAAACAAAGUAAAUUUUCAAGUGUGUUUAAGGAGAACUCUUCUGUCAUCUGUACAUAGAGUGAUCUAACCCUUCUGUUCAUAACAAAAAAAUGUCAUACUACACAUGUGUAAAUAAACUGAAUGUUAACUAUU